AACGCGCGUCGAUGCGACGGAUUAGUGCGUCUUGCGCGACGUGAGAUAGAUGUGUCAAUAAUUUGUUUCUUCGUAGAAUUUUUUUUCUGUUUUCUGUCGUAAAUUUUUUGCGAAGUUACAGAAUUUAGAUCUGAAAGUUGAGCAAAUUAGAGAGCAAACAUUUUUUUUGUCGUUAGAAGCAGUGUUUGAUCAAGCGGUUGCAGUUUGAGUGCAACGUUUUUUGAGUGAAAAAAAAACUGCAGUGUGGUUUUGAAAAAUAUUUUUAAUUAAAUUGGUUAUGCCGGUGGAGUUAGAAUCGAUGGCGCCUGUCGCUCACAAAGCCAUCUCUCGUAAUGGAGAGAAGAUGAACAAACUGUGCCGCCAACUCUCUAUUGAGAGUCCGAGCGUGACCGGACGGGAGUGUGUCUUCAGCUUCGAUGUGCCCGUGCCGGAUGUGCCAGCGCACGGUGCCCGCAUUCGAGUGAUGUGCGCUGGUGCGUGUUAUCAUCCUCGACGCUCGCCAAGUCUCACCAGCUUGACUUCGGUCUCGAGCGGCAGCAGUCUGGCCGCCGAUAUAUCCGUGGAGAGCGACUAUCCGGUGUCUCUGCCGCAUCAUGGGAUGCGCGAUGCCGCACUGUUCCCCGGGUACGAGGUGGCCGGUGUGAUCGAGUCCUUCGGCACCGACGUGCCCGAGGGCUGCGAGCUCGCUGUGGGCGAUCGCGUGAUUCUCUAUCCUUACGACGGCAUCCCCAACGGCUACGUUGAAUACUUGGUUGUGCACGAUCUGAAAUACCUGAUAAAGAUCCCGGACAGUAUGUCGCUCAGCGUGGCCGCUAUGCUGCCGGCUGGUGCGCUUCUCGCGAUGAACACCGUCUUCGCCGCUCACGAACACGUGCAGGCAUUAUUGAAGGAGAGAGGUGCAAACAGCGUGUGCAAGAUUUUGGUGGUUGGCACGGGUGGUCUCGCUUUGUGGGCUCUCAGAAUCGCGUCGUAUCACUUCAGCAACAUGAGGGACAGAGUCACCACCACAAUAGCCUCUCUUAAAGACGACGGUCUUCUCAUAGCUCAGGAAUUCCAACGAGUGAGCGUGGUGCAGUGGAAUGAAGAUCUCUACGAGAAGCAGCUGAUCGAGCGCACGAUGGACGCCUGUGGUGGCCAGGUGGACGUGGUGAUCGACUUCGGCACGACCUCGCGCAAUCUCCAUCGCAGCAUGCAGUGCCUCAGUAAAGGCGGCGUGGUGUUUGUAAUCAAAGAGGUGGCCGAUCGAUUGUUGCCGAAAUUCAGCCGACGAGCGGAAGAACGGCAGCAAUCCAUAAAAGCGGUGGAACCGGGCACUUUGGAGCAGUUAGGCGAACUGGUUCAACUGGUCGCCUCCGGCAAGAUCGAACCGCCACCGCACACCGUCUAUCCCGCCGAGGAAGCCCUCGACGUCGUCCAAAAACUUUGCCAUUCGGAGAUCCAAGGUCGUGCGAUUCUCCGUUUCUACCCCGCCGAUUAAAGGAUUCCUCGCCGAAAGAUUUCUCCGCGAUCGCGGAUUGACAGGCAAUAGAUUCGGCGACGACGACGACGAUCGAAAAACAUCAUGACGCAGGCCCAGGUAGUGAGAAUUGUUACUAUGAUCGACGCGUGUGCGUUUAGGAGUCUCGAUAUAAGACCGAUUGCUAUUGUACUAUCGUGGGAAAGUAGUUGUUUCGUACUGACUGCCAGCGUUUAGAUUAGGCGUCAAUAUACAUGUAUGUUCCGCGAUAGUUCGCCGAUACAAAGAUUGACGAGGUCUUCGAGUGGAAUUCGACGACACGUUCAGGGAGGUUUAAUUCGCGGAAGAUCUCGCGGAAAUAAUGCGGCAAUUUUAUGACGCGGUUCGUUACCGUAAUGAGCGAGCGAAAGAAUGAACGAGGAUCCCAGUUUACGGCUGAUCAAACAUUAAGCGCUGCCUCGAUAAAUCCCAUACAGUAACGACAGUAAAUAUUGCGGAAGUCGCAUUUGGCUUCAUUGAGCAUUUCGUAUAGCUCAUUUUAAUGUUGAGAAAUAUUUUAUCUUCAAAGGGAAGAUCUUAGGUCCAUACAGUAAACCGAAGAAUCUUUCCUGUCAGAUUUUUUUCGCGGACAGGUUUUAUCGACAAAACAAGGCGAGACAGACGCGACAUGUCAUUUUAUGGAUUGAUAUAACUUUUAAGCAACGAGAGCCUUUAGCUCUCAUUAAGAAGAAAGAUAAACAUACAUAUGUGUGAAUCGCAUCGAUGUCACACAAGAUAAACCGGUGUAUAAUCGUUACGACAUGAAGGAAACGUUAUCAUAAGUAAAACAAGGUUCUCUGCUUUCCUAAUGGAUGUCUAAUAUUUGUUAUUUGUUAACGCCAAACAAAAUCAAGAAUAAUAAUGCGUAAAACACAUGCAUUAAUAAAGCAUACAGACAACAUUACAGGCAGUUGACAACCGGAGAUGGUAUUUCCAUUCUUCGUGUUCAUAGAUUUUUGAACGGAAAAAUGCUGAAUGAAAAACACGCAGAUAUUUACACAAAGCAAUAUAUUUCUUGUUCUAAAACGCAUUCCUUCACAUGAAACUUCGACGCCGUCAUGUUGAGAUCAUAUGAUACAUACAAGAGUAAGUUAAUUUCGACUUUCGUCGAUGUGCGUUGAUACUUAUGAAUCACUAAAUACCGGCAACUACAAAUAGUCAUGUUAACUAUAUUAUCUUUAAUAUUUGUACCACAGCUGAUAUGAGUACUUUAAAGUCGUCGGUGCCUAGAAAAUAGCAAUAGGAAAGUCAAAAGAAUUAAAACGACUUGAAAUAUCAUAUUAACUAUCAUCUUAAUAUUUCAUAUUAUGGCUAAUAAUGCCUAUUUAAAGUCGCUGGUAUCUACGGAAAUACAAAAGGAACUAAAGCGGAUAUUUUUGCUUAAAACAGAUGAAUGAAUGUCGAAAAGAUCCUAUUAUAAAAUACGUCUUUGGUAUCAUUGUUCCAUGUUCGAUUGAAGUCUAUAUUUCUCGUCGUAUAUUUAGAAUGUAAUUUGCAACAGCAUUGCAAUAAUUCUAAGGCUUUGUUUGCGUCAAAUACGUACUACAUUAUUAAACAGUUUCGUUGAACUAUGACAUGGCGUGAAUACCAGUUAGCUAUAUGUAAAUUCGAUGUAAACAAAGGAUCUUAGAAUCAUUCUAAUUACACGAUGAUAGAAUCGAUGACCUCAUCGAACGUGCUGUUUAAUUCCAAGCGGUAUUCUUUACCGUGGCAGUAACAUUUGCCGCUAUUUACCUCAAUUAUUGAAAAAUACAAUAACAGCAGCGACAAAUUGACGCAUCUUAUAAUUAUCUAAAACAUACAAUGUCACUAUUAUGACUGUUGUGAGCGAUGUUUUUCGACGAGACGUCGACAAACACCGCUAACGCACGUACAAAAUACCACUGCAAGAUCCAAGCAAGUCCGAUAUAUGAACACACUUCGAUGCGUACUGCAGUGAUAUUGCAAGAUCAAAUGUGUAUGUUUAGUGUCAAUUCAGAAAUAAUAAUCGAUGGGGAUGCCUGUGUGAGCCUAGAAAUAAGUUUCCCGUUAAAAAAUAAGGGGAUAAUGUUGAAUUAUAGUAAAGAUUCAUUCUACCAUAAAGUAAGACGUCGUCGCUAUAGUGAGGUAAUCCUAAAACGACAAUUGCCGUAGCACUAAAAUAUGAUAAACAAUGUUACGAAGCUGAGAACCGUGAUCGAUAAGAUAUGGAGCUGUUUCUUUACGAAAGGUAUAUGAACAAAAACGAACUAAUUGCUUCGUAAAUAGAUCUAGGUUGAUUUUGGCGCGUGGUUUGUAAGAUAAUUAAGAUCAAUUUCUCUAUUUAAUAUAUUUUCUAGUUAGCGAUCACGCUUUCUCAGGGCCUUUUUGCGUUAAAAAGGACUUGCAUAGCGUUUUAAUCAAUGAUACGACAUAUUUAAUUAUGCAUAAAUUUUUUAAUACGAUUUCUGUUUCGAAGAUAGCUAAGUAACGAGGCUAAACUUAAGCACAUCAGCUUUGACCAUAUUUGAUGACAUUUUUCCAGUUGGUUCUCCUGCCAAGGCCUUCCUAGAUUCGCCUAUGGUUAUCUCAUUAUAUUGAUAAUACGUCAUUUUAUGGUGCCGUGCGCGUAAAACGGUAUGUUAUUUUAUCAGGAUUUUAGCCGCGCGAUGCAUAUUGAGAUUGUAUUUAAUAAAUCAUAGUUAUAAAUUAUACAGAAGAAUGCACUUAAAUUGCGAAUUCCAAGAGGAACGGAUGAUCGAUUGUGUUAAAUGAUAAGCGGUCCUACAUAAAUCCAUCAUAUCUGCCGACGGUUUCGCGAAAUUGAGAUACGAAAUCGCGGAUCCAAGCUUUAUCAUUAAUCGGCACGAUAAGAGCAUAAUAACAAGUUUGUAUGUAAUUCAACGUUUGACUCGCGUAAAAUGGAUCAACUUUUAUUGAGCGUGCAUAUACUCGCGUUCGGUACAUCUCGUUGAUCGACAUUUAUCGUUAGAUCAGUAUUCAUUUUCUGUUUAGCAUAAGUUAGCGUAAGUACAUUCGUGUAAGCUUACGACUCGAGCGCGAAUGAUGAUCGCGUGCAAUCGCAAUGCAGUCGCAAGUCACUGUACCUCGAAAGACUGUUUUGUUUAUUUUAAAGAGUAUAUCAAUAAAUAUCCUCUUCUUUUUUAUUAUGUGUACAUUUAAGCGGUAGCUUAGCGCUAGAGCAUACACAUCGUGUCACAUUAUUGUAUCUACUGUUAAUGAUAACAGUAAAUGCGUUAUAUUAUGGUAAUAACAUAGCUAAUAAAUUUUUUCUCUUUUUUUAAUAA